AGGCGGAAGCGUGUGUCUUGAAGCCCUUGCAUGAUAGCGUGCGGUGUUAGCCUUGGCGUCCAGGCUGGAGUCUGAAACGCGCUUUUCUGGCUAAAUUUACAUUCAUGACACCGAAUUGAAGUUACACGCAGGUUGUAUCGCUUUUCAGCAGCGGUCAGAUAUGGGAGCCAAUAAUAGUACCCGCCGUGUCUCCUUUGAGUCGGACGAAAAUGAAAACAUAACGGUUGUGAAGGGCAUCAGGCUCUCUGAGAAUGUCAUCAACCGCAUGAGGGAACCUGCAGCUCCACAAUUCGGUCGUUCCCCACCCAAGGCCCCCUCAUCUCCACCUGCAGUUCCCACACCUCCUCCCACAAUCCCCACCCCUCCUCCUGUAUUUGAGCACUUACCCACCAUUGUACCAAUACCCUCUCCAUUUGAUCCGAUUACAUCAAUGCCCCCUCCACCACUGUCAGAGCCCAUCAAAGUGCCUCCACCUCCUCCACAGCCAGUGACUGUGGAGGUUAUAGCACCUCCUCCUCCUCCAGUCUUUGAAGAGCAUGCAGCACCUGCUCACCCUAUCAAAUCUGUGUCCACUCUGCCAGCCCUUAGGGAAGCAGUGGCCCCACCUCCACUUGUAGAGGCUGCUGUUCCCCCGCCACCCCCAGAACCUGUGGCAGUCCUACCUCCCUCUCCAGUUGUUGAGCCAGUUGCACCACCACCUCCUGUUGAGCCUAUAACUGCACCUCCACCACAGGUUAUUCCUCCUCCUCUAAUGGAGGACAUUUUUGUUGCUCAACCCGUUGAGCCAAUUGUUGCUCCUCCUCCACCACCUGUAGAAUUAAUUGCCCCUCAACCUCCUGUCGAAGUUGUUGCACCCCCUCCACCAGUUGAGCCAAUAGCCCCACCUCCACCAGUUGAGCCAAUGGCUCCACCUGUAGAAAUUGUCACUUCACCUCCACCUGUGGAGGUCAUUGCCCCUCCACCUCCUGCUGAAGCUGAGGCCUCCGCUGCUGUUGUGGAGCCAGCCGCUCCACCUCCGGCUGAAGCUGUGCCUCCUCCUCCAGCUGUGGAAGAGAACGUGGUGUUACCUCCACCAGUGGACGAGCCCGAGAUGAGGAAGCAAAUCACCGAGGAGCUGCAGGCGGGCCUGGAGAAGGAGCGCACCAAAGCCCAGCAGGAGCUCAACCAGUGGCUGGAGGAGCAGAAGGCUGAGACCCAUAAGCUGGCCCAGGCUGAGGCGAGGAGGUGGAGGACGCCGCAUCCUGGACAUGCUGCGGAGAUGGAGCGUAAGGCCAAGCAGCUGGAGGAGAGGGACAAAGAGCUGAGGAAGCAGGACGCCUUCUACAGGGAGCAGGUGGCCAAGCUGGAGGAGAGAAGUGCUGAGUUCUACAAGGUCACCACGGAGAACUACCACAAGGCUGCCGACGAGGUGAACGCCAAGUUCAAGCGGUUUGAGAUCAGUCCAGUGUGUGUUGAUCUGCAGGGCCAGAUCCUGAAGUGCUACCAGGAGAACACCGGCAAGACCCUGCUCUGCUCCAAUAUUGCUGCCCGCUACCUACAGUGUGUCAACCAAGCCAAACAGAACAAGCUGAGGACUGGAGGCUAAUCGUUCCACGGCCGGGGUGGGAGGAGCGAUUGGUUUCUGAAUCGUUGUUAUCGGCAUUACCGUUCAAACUGACCUGACCCGGAGAAGGCACCACCUGGAGGAGAACACAGAAACCGACCCCGAGAGGACAACAGUCCCACAGUCAAACCCCGUGGCCAGAGAGAUGGAUGUCCACCCACAACCCCCCCCUUUCUUCCCCUCACCUCUUCACCUGAAACCUUUCCUUCUUUCCUCCCCCACUCCCUCCCUCCAUCCAUCUCUCCCAACUCCGAGUAAGGGGCAGGGAGAGGGGGAUUCGGUUCCACAAACCCAAGAGCACAGCAGUACCGUAGCCGCGGCGCCACCAGCUGACCCGUCCAGAGGACCCGCACGGAAGAUCACGCCCUGCACCUGGAGGCGCCAGCCAGGCAGCCAAGGAGAACACUAACAAUAAACAAACAAACAAACAAACAAAAAAUGUGAAAGACAAAUCAUGUCACCGAGCCCUGACUCUUCGCCUCGCCGCCCCAAACAAACCUGCUAGCUAGCGCAUCAGAUCAUUUUACACACCCUGCAGUCUACGAUAGCCACAUUUCACACACACACCCACACCUACACACACACACGGAACAGUUUGUAGGUCGCCGCAGCCACACACCCAGCUACACCCACUACUCCACCCGUACCCCGCCCUUCUGUCUCCUUUCAUGUUUCGUUGCACUAGUCCGCACAUGCUACCCGUAGAUUCCUCAUCUGUGUACGUACGUGUGUGUGUGUCACUUUAAUAAUGUAUCUGCCUUGUUUUGCUUUCAUGUGCACGAGUCGAGCCCCAUCAGUGGGGGAAAAUAAACACCAUAAUAAUGUAAA